UCAAGCUGUCCUCAUCUUCCUCCUUCUACUGCAUCAUCACCAUGACUCCUUCACGCAAACCCCUCCAUGUCCUUGCCUAUCCAUUCCCUUCUUCCGGCCACAUUAUACCUCUCCUUGAUCUCGCUAAACGCAUCGUUUCUCGCCGCGUCUACGUCACCGUUUUGAUCACCCCUCCCAACCUCCCUCUGCUCCAACCUCUUCUUCUUUCUCACGCUCCUUUUCUUCAACCCCUCCUCCUCCCCGAUCCUCACCAGAAGCGCCUCUUCCCUCUCGUCUCCUCCAUGCGCCACCUUCACCACCCCUUCCUUCUUUCCUGGGUUCAAUCCCAUCCUUCCCCUCCCGUCGCCAUCAUUUCCGAUUUCUUCCUCGGCUGGACCCGCCACCUUGCCCGUGACCUCUCUAUUCCUCGUCUCGUCUUCUCUCCUUCCGGCGCCUUCGCCCUGUCCUUCUCCUACUCUCUCUGGCGCCAUCUCCCCGUCAAUCCAGACCCGGGCAGUGCCACCUCUCUUAUUUCCUUCUCUAACAUUCCCAACUCUCCGGUAUACCCUUGGUGGCAAAUCAAUCGUCACUAUAGGGAGAACAAGAAAGGAGACCCGGAAUGGGAUUUUCACAGGGAAAAUAUGCUGGACAACAUAGCUAGCUGGGGUAUCGUGUUCAACACAUUCUCUGAAUUGGAGCAAGUUUACCUGAAUCACAUGAAGACCGACCUCGGGCACGACCGUGUGUGGGCGGUCGGUCCCGUUUUGCCGCCCAGGGAUGGCGACGACGGGGGCUCCGCCGACCGAGGAGGCUCCAGCUCCGUCCCGUGUCACGAUUUGAUGACGUGGCUCGACUCUCGCCCCGACUGUUCCGUGAUCUAUGUCUGCUUCGGAAGCCGCACUGUUUUGACCAGCAGCCAAAUGGAGGUGCUGACCACCGCAUUGGAAGUGAGUGGGGUCCAGUUCAUUCUGUCCGUGAGGGGCCCAGACGAGAGACACGUGGGGCAAGACGUCGGCGUCAUCUCGGAGGACUUCGAGGAAAGAGUGAGAGGAAGGGGUUUGGUGAUCAGAGGGUGGUCGCCACAGCUCGCCAUAUUGGGUCACAGAGCCGUGGGUUCGUUCCUGACGCACUGUGGGUGGAACUCGGUGCUGGAAGGGCUAGUCCCCGGAGUAGUGAUGGUGACGUGGCCGAUGGGUGCAGACCAGUACACGAAUGCGAAGCUGAUAGUGGAUGAACUGGGUGCGGGACUUCGAGCCGCCGAGGGGAUAACGGAAAACGUUCCUGAGGCGACGGAGCUGAGUGAGGUGAUAAAGAGAUCGUUGCAAGAAAAUAGCACGCAGAGAGCACGAGCGAAAGAGCUAAAGAAAGCGGCUUUAGAAGCGGUGGCACCAGAAGGAAGCUCCCAGAAAGAGUUGGAUGCUUUGGUGAAGCACUUUUUCGAGCUUGGCGAUCUUUGAACGCUUUCAAUAGCUCCUUUUUCAUGUUUCCUGUGAGAUGCUAAUUGUGUUUAUGAAGCUGAUCGUCGCUCUGGAUGAUUGUAAUUGUAACUGUAUGAGUAUUCAUUUGUGUAGUGGAGUAGUCAUGGUGAAGUGGCAUGCCAACAGGGAAAGGCUUACUUUCUACUCCAAAUUCUACAGCAGUUCUACUAGAAGAGAGGACAUUUCUUAAUCAAGACAGCACAUCAUGGUUUAUAUUUC